AUGAGAGAACACGUUGAUGUGGUAACACUUAAGGUUUCAAUUCUUUUAUGGUUGGGCAAACGAAGCCUUUUCGAACAUUUUUGUGGCUAUCCAUUCACGCAUGCAUGUUUACACAUUAAUCCUGAAAAAGUUUAUCUUGCGAUCACGUUGAUCAAGAUGAAGAAUGUAGGGUUAGUUGUAAUAGUAUGGAUUAUAGUAGGGUGGAGUUCGUGCAUGGGAAGGUUCGUGGUGGAGAAGAACAACCUCAGAGUGACUUCACCAGAGUCCAUCAGAGGAGUUUACGAAUGUGCUCUCGGAAACUUUGGUAUCCCUCAGUAUGGUGGAAGCAUGUCCGGUGCGGUGCUUUAUCCCAAAGCUAACCAAAAGGCUUGCAAGAACUUCGCCGAUUUCGAUAUCUCUUUUAGAUCUAGAGUCGCUGGAUUGCCCACAUUCGUCCUCGUCGAUCGGGGAGAUUGUUACUUCACUUUGAAGGCAUGGAACGCGCAAAGAGCAGGUGCCGCGACUAUUUUGGUGGCAGAUAAUAGGCCUGAGCAACUCAUCACCAUGGACGCACCAGAGGAUGAGACGACAGAUGCAGAUUACUUACAAAAUAUCACAAUUCCUUCAGCAUUGGUGAGUAGGUCUCUAGGGAGUGCCAUCAAAACGGCCAUAGCUCAUGGUGAGCCUGUUCAUAUAAGUUUAGACUGGCGGGAGGCUCUUCCACACCCGAAUGAUCGAGUAGCCUACGAGCUAUGGACCAACAGCAAUGAUGAAUGUGGACCAAAAUGUGAUGCACAGAUCCAGUUUCUUAAGAGGUUCAAAGGAGCUGCUCAGAUUCUUGAGAAAGGAGGCUACACUCGCUUCACUCCCCACUACAUCACAUGGUAUUGUCCAGAAGCAUUUUUGGCAAGCAGACAAUGUAAAUCACAAUGCAUUAAUGGGGGAAGGUAUUGUGCUCCCGACCCUGAACAAGAUUUCUCAAGGGGAUACAAUGGGAAAGACGUGAUUGUUCAAAAUUUACGCCAAGCAUGCUUCUUUAGAGUGACUAAUGAAAGUGGGAAGCCUUGGCUUUGGUGGGAUUAUGUCACCGACUUUGCCAUUCGUUGUCCCAUGAAACAGGAGAAGUACAACAAGAAAUGUGCUGAUCAAGUCAUUCACUCUCUUGGAGUCGAUGUGAAGAAAAUAGACAAAUGUAUCGGCGACAUUGAAGCCAAUACCGAAAAUCCUGUUCUUAAAGAAGAACAACAUGCACAAGUUGGAAAAGGCUCACGAGGAGAUGUGACGAUACUACCAACCAUUGUGAUAAACAAUAGACAAUAUAGAGGGAAGUUGCAGAGAUCAGCCGUGCUUAAGGCUCUGUGUUCAGGGUUUCGUGAGACGACCGAGCCACCUAUUUGUUUAACCGAAGACAUAGAAACCAAUGAGUGUUUACAAAACAAUGGAGGGUGUUGGGAGGAUAAAACAACUAACAUUACAGCUUGCAGGGAUACUUUUAGAGGAAGAGUAUGUCAAUGUCCCAUUGUUCAAGGUGUUAAGUUUCUUGGCGACGGUUACACACAUUGUGAAGCUUCGGGAGCAUUACGUUGUGGCAUAAACAAUGGAGGAUGUUGGAAACACACUCAAAUGGGAAAAACAUACUCUGCUUGUCGUGAUGAUCAUUCUAAAGGAUGCAAAUGCCCUCCUGGAUUCAAAGGAGAUGGGCUAAAAGACUGUCAAGAUGUGAAUGAGUGUGAGGAGAAAACAGCGUGCCAAUGUCGAGGAUGCAAAUGCAAGAACACAUGGGGAAGCUAUGAAUGUAGCUGCAGUGGAAGCUUACUUUACAUAAGAGAGCACGACAUUUGCAUAAACAAAGAUGCAAGAGGAGAUGUAAGCUGGGGAGUGAUAUGGAUAAUAAUAAUGGGACUUGGUGCAGCUGCUUUAGGAGCUUACACUAUUUAUAAAUACAGGAUUCGGACAUAUAUGGACUCAGAGAUAAGAGCGAUAAUGGCGCAAUACAUGCCUCUUGAUAAUAAUCCUAACAGUCAACCUUCUUCUCAACUUGAGUUGUAA